AUGGGAGGAUCAUCUUCAUAUCUGGGAGAAGUAAGCAGAUUUCUUGAUGGACAAGACUUCACAGGUCGUCAAGACCCAUAUGCAAAUCAGAACUUCCGCAACGGAACAUCAAGAGAUAUGACGGGGUAUCCGAUGUACGGUCAGGAUUAUGGCAGUCAGCCACAGCCGAUGUACAACAUGGAUAUGAAUCGCAGAAAUAAUAUGGAUCAGAACUUCCGCAGCGGAACACCAAGAGAUAUGACGGGAUAUCCGAUGUACGGUCAGGAUUAUGGCAGUCAGCCACAGCCGAUAUACAACAUGGAUAUGAAUCGCAGGAAUAAUAUGGAUCAGAACUUCCGCAGCGGAACACCAAGAGAUAUGACGGGAUAUCCGAUGUACGGUCAGGAUUAUGGCAGUCAGCCACAGCCGAUAUACAACAUGGAUAUGAAUCGCAGGAAUAAUAUGGAUGGUGGAUUUGGUCAAAACAUGGGUGAUUACGAAGUUCUCACAGGAAAUCCUGGCAAUAACAGUCUUCGCCAUUACACCAGUCAUUUCGGCUUGACUGUUAUUUUCGGUUUUCUAACGGCGAAGCAAACAUUGUUUUCUCCAUAA